CCUUUUAAUCGUUUCCUUUUCAAACGGACCGGCCUCGCCUAAUACGUAUACGCCUUUUAUCCGAUUCAAACACAACGUCUUUCGUUUAGGCUAACAAUGUACGUACAGAGAAAAACCAUAGGAUUCUGCGAACAGCGUUAACUUAAUCGCCGAUUAUAAACUACUCGAGAAUCACGGAACAAUUCUGUGGCUAUUUUAGGACGAUAUUCUGCGAUACGAUGAAAUUUUCAGUAACUUCGACGUACCGGUUAACGCGAUAAGUCGAACGCUAUAAAUUUCAAUUAAUAGCGCGAUAUCACGUUCCCGAAGCUCGAAUAAAAUCGUGAAAAAUCUCGGUCGCGUCGAUAAGAAAGUUAACACGGGGUUCAUUUACAUCGAGAAACAGUGAUUCGAGUAAGAACGUUAAUUUGCAUGUUCGCGACGCAUCAUCGUCACGUCACAUGGCCAGCUAAGUUACGUUUGGCGUGUAAAUCAGUGGUGGGGAUACACUUGGGUGUUCCUAUUGCACGUAUGUACACGCUCGCUUGCAACCCCGCACAUAAGUACGUGUAUAUGUAUGUACGCGCGAUCGCCGGUACACACGCGUGCGAAUCGUUUGCACGUGCACAGAGGAACGUAGCGUGUAAAUAGAGGUGGCGUACGGUGGGGAUAGGACGCCUCUCUAAGCGACGCUUCGCGUCUUCGUCAGUCAAAUCGCGAUCGUCUCCGCGCGAUGGGCCGCUGAGAUCGCUAGUAAGACGCCGCAGCAACACAGCUAUCAUUGAUGACAAUUUGGAAAAACGGCUGAUCGUUUACGAAAGCAGGCCAAGUAACAAACACCCAACAGUUGGCACGCGCGGAUAUUCCGUGUAACGCGUAACGUCGCGCUGUGCCGCGCCACAUCGCAUCGUAUCGUACCGAUCCUCCUCGACGAGAAUAGAUAUUUACUCCGUGUGCUUGCCUUCCGGAUUUUCGACGACACUUACCAGAAUACGAACAUCCGGAUAUCGGCUUUCAACCGGAUCCUCUUUCACUGGUCUUCGUAUUAUUCUGUCACGCGAACGGACAACAACAAGAGUGAGACAAAGUGCUAGAUCGUAUAGUGAGAAAAUAUAAGAUCAGAACCUUUUUUCGAGAUGAAGACUUUGACGCUGGUGCUGCUGAUACUAGUCGUCGCGACGACGUGUCACGAACCGUUCCAGGUGAUUUUCCAAUGGAACACCAUCGAAGUUGUCUGGCCAACGGAAGAGGAACGACAAUUCGCGCUCGACCACAAUGAUUACGUUCAAGCCAACAACUUUAUAGCCGGUAUCAAAUUCUGGAAGGGUAAGAUGUACUUGACAGUGCCUCGAUGGAAAAACGGUGUACCCGUGACUCUGGGAGUGACCUCGGCAACCCCGGUCAACCGAGUAACCAAUCCCAAACUAGAAGCUUUCCCAAACUGGGAGAUGCAAAAGAUAGACGAUUGCAGUGCCCUUCAGUUUGUCCAGAGUAUGGAGAUCGAUCCUCUAGGACGCAUGUGGGUCCCCGACUCUGGGAAAAUGUCUCCUCUAUCCAUCGAGACUAAAACCACUUGUCCACCCAAGCUGGUGAUCCUAAAUCUAGAAAAGAACGGCGAGGUUUUGCGUACGUACGAGUUUCCUCCGCACGUGGCUCGUCACGGUACCGCUCAUUUGAACGACAUCGUUCUGGAUCACGAAGACGGUGGCAUGGCGUAUAUAACCGACAGCGAUCGCGAGGAUCCAGGAAUAAUCGUCUACUCGUUGAGGAAUAACACCUCCUGGAAGGUCAGACACGAUUCCAUGAAAGCUAAACCGGAGGCUGUCAGUUUCAUGAUAUCCAAGACACCGAUUAACACGCCCAUAGCCGUCGAUGGAAUCGCUUUGUCUCCCGCGAGCGUCAGCGAGAGACAGGUGUACUACUCACCGUUGUCUUCCUUCCACUUGUAUUCCAUUCCAACGUCGGUUCUCAAGACCAACAUGACCAACGUAGACGAACACGUGAACGAACUGGGCAGAAAGAAUUCUCAGACGGAUGGAAUGAUGAUGUCAGCGAAGGGAGUGCUAUACUUUGGCCUGUUAGCCGACGAUGCAGUGGCCAUGUGGGACACCAAACAGUCCAGCUCGUUCGCCACCGGCCAGAGAGUGAUCUCUAGGGAUCACGAAAGGAUGCAGUGGCCGGACACGUUCGCUUUCGACGAGGAUGGUAACUUUUACUGCGUCACCAACUCUCUGCAAAACAUUUUGAACAAUCGUGUGAACGCCAGCGUGCCAAACUAUCGCGUGGUCAGAGCAAGAACAGGGGUCAAGAGUUAUCAAUAUUUGGAGGACGGAAGCGCACCGGAGCAGCCGGAGAUACCUACUUCAGUCGCUAACAGGAUUAGCUUCGCGAUGGCUACCGGAUUAGCCAUUCUGUUGGCUUACGCCGCACAGUAACGUCUUUCUCCCUCUUCGUUCUCCUUUUUCUUCGUAGAGAUAGACCGUGUAGUGUACGGACACGCACGCUCGGGCAUACCAAAGCGUUUAGCUUGUCUCCAAAGAGACGUUCGUUUUAUCUUUUCAGUUAGAUAACGAGCGACGAAACGACCCGUUCGAUGCUUCUGCCGACCUUGACCGUGUAGACCACGUUCUCUAUGGAAGCUCGAUGUCUCGGACAAGAAAUCUGAACGAUCUUCAAGUUGUUCCUUACUGUUCGUUGUCCAACAUUAAUCGAAGAGUAUCGAGCAAUCGAUUCAACCGUGCUUCGUUACCGAUCUUCGUUAUGGUUUCUUCGUCCAUCGAACGACGUUCCUCCGGACGACGAUCACGAUUCUGAUCCUGAAACGCAAAACUGAAUAUUUACUUAUCGGUAUUGUACUUCGAGUCGAUCGGGAAACAAUGAUAUUUUCGCUGAGAGCGAAAAAAUAUCGAGACUAUCGAAUCUACCAGUGAAAUUAACACGCUUCCAGAAAGGAAAUUGAACGGGUAACGAAGAAGAAAUCGGCUCUUUUCGUGAUUCAGGAUUCAACCCCUUGUCGAGGGUUGAAAGGGUCAUGAAACGUUUGUCACGAUCGCGACGAAAGCCAUUAACGAUGAAAGUAUCGGCUAUCGAAAAAUUCCUUUCUCCCGCGACCGAAAUAGAAGAAGAGUAUGACAUAUUACCGAUUAUAAAUGACCGUUUGCGAUUUUUGUAAUACGAGAUUUAUCCCCUGUAACGUGCUGUUGACAACAUUCCAUUUCAAAUCACAAUUUUAAUGCUUCGCGACAGAAACUAUCUAGUUGCCGUUGAAUAUUUUGAAAUUUCAAAGUUCCGACUUUUGGGGAUCCGAGAAUCCUGAGAAAUUUGAAAAAAAAAAAAAAAAAAAAGAUUACGGAAAAUUAGUUU